AUGCGAAGUAGUAGUGUCGAUGUUGCAGGAGUACAGUCGGUCGAGACAAUCAAGGCGUGGCUCGAUAUUUUCCACCAGAUUCCGGCUUCCACACUCAUCGGCCAGCCGUUUCAUUUCUGGCUCCACAUGAUUCUGUACCUCACCCUGUUGAAGUACCUCUCGAACCUUCAGCAUCCCGACUGGGACUGCCAGGCGGUGCGGAACGCUGUCUCACCCCGCAUGCUUCAAACGCUCGAGCUGAGCAGCAAGGAGCCGGAAAUUCAGAGGGUUGACGACCAACUACUGCAUUUCAUAUCCAAGCUGUUGGCACGGUGUCGUCUUUGAGCGGAAGCGCGGUGGGAGUUGGCCUCUCCGGUGCCAGAGGACAUGGGCAGCCACAGGCACCAACACCAUGUCCGAACCUUGAUCAGAUGCUGUGGAUG